GGUUUAUAAACUGACAAUAUCACAUGAUCCUAAAAAUGGCAUCACCAAACGAUAUUCAAGCUGCUCCUACCAACAAUCAAACAGCUGAACUAGACUUGGUCGAGCAGCUAGACCAAGACUACUUCUGUCCUGUGAGUUUAGAGCUACUGAUUAAGCCACACCAAACGUCGUGCUGCGGCCAUCACAUCUCCCAGCAAGCUGCCAACAGACUUACUAGAGAACGAAAGCCAUGCCCAAUGUGCAAAGAAGACAACUUAGCUACUCACGAAGACAAAUUCUUCACACGCAAUUUUAUCAACAAGCUUAAGGUUUACUGCUCCCACAAAAAGAGUGGGUGUGAGUGGACGGGGGAACUGGGGGGCCUGAACCACCACACCACUGCCUGUCCAAAACGUCCCUGGAAGUGCCAAUAUUGUGAUUAUGAAUCGAUCUACGAGAUUGGACCAACUGACCACACCCCCAACUGUGCCAACUACCCCCUGCCUUGUCCCAACCAAUGUGAGAUCGGUAUCCUCCCUCGCUGCCAAGCUGAUAGCCACCUGCUAGAGUGCUCCCUACAACUAGUGGAGUGUGAGUUUGCUGGUGUUGGAUGUGCCGUGAAAGUCCCUCGAAGAGAUCUGGCGGGUCACAUGACAGAGAAUGCCCAACACCACCUCAUGACAGCCACCCUCCUCAACUUGAGAUUCACGAGAGAGCUUCACCAGAAAAUGGAGGAGAAAGAUCAACAGAUAUUAGAAUUGAAACAGCAGCUGACAGAGCAAAAAACUAGCACAAACUAUCUUGUAGGGCAAUGUGACAAUAUUGCAGCUCAGCUUGAUCAACAAAAAGAAUACCUUGAUUUCAAACUUUCAGAGACAAUCACUGAAGUGCACCAAGAAGCAAUAGACAUCGAAGAUAAACUCCAAAAACAGAGUAAAGAUUUUGAUAAUGCAAAACAUUUCAUUUGCCACAAGCUUACUCUUUCCGAAUUCAAGAAAUGUCAGGCAAAGGGAGGUGCCGGUAGCUGGUUUAGUGAGCCUUUCUACUAUCCUGGAGGGUACAGAUUCAAACUAAACAUUGACACUAAUGGAUGUGGUGAAACUGCUGGUACGCAUUUGUCAGCUUAUCUGUAUUUGUUACGGGGUGACUAUGAUGAUGAGCGACAAUGGCCUAUAAAAGUCACAGUACGCCUAACCAUGCUCAACCAGCUAGGAGACAACAAUCAUCACACAUGCAGAGAUAUUGUAGUCAAGUACGAGAAAGCAAGAGAAGAGUACAAGUGUAUCAAUAAAGAAUACUACGCUCUGAAUGGACUACAAUCAGCGGCAAAAAAACCGGUAUUUGCUCGAUACUUGUACAAUGAUAGCAUCAAGUUUAAACUAGAGCUAAAAUUAACUUGAGAGGAACAUGAAUGUUUUACUUUUCUACUUACUCCUGUAUAGUAUAAUAUUAUUUUGUUUUACUCCUGAA